AGUGCCAUGGUUUAACAACAGGAGGUGGAAGAAAAAACAUUACAAUUCUGAUGGAAUUUCUUUGGUUAGUGGUCCAGCAGUGAUUGGGGACGGGGAACAAAUUGGAGCGAAAUUGUUGAGCGCCAUGAGUUUGGAGCACAAGACGGAUCGUCCGGAGCAGGCCUAGACUUCGCCCAAAAUAAUGAUUGGAUCAGGCUUUGGCGCUCGUUACCCCUACAUGACUCUUCCUCUGGGUGAAUACUCACUUCCUCAAAGUAACUGAUGUGAAAAGUAUCAUUUAAAGAGCAGCAUGGAUCAGUCUUUCAAUGUGAAUAAUGACUUGGACAUCAAUGAUAUUAUUGAAGUAAUUAAGACCAAUGACCCUGGCUUCGGCGAGGGGGUUGCUAGUCAGCCGCCACAACCCCCAAGUAUGCUCUCCAAGCCCAGCUCACCAGAAAGCACACCGUACGUCGAAAUUAUUGAGCAACCGGCUGGCAAGGCACUCCGGUUCAGAUAUGAGUGUGAAGGUCGAUCUGCGGGCAGCAUACCAGGGGUCAAUAGCAUGCCCGAGAACAAGACAUUUCCUACGAUACGGAUCGUUGGAUACAAAGGACGUGCUGUGGUGGUAGUUUCGUGUGUAACGAUGAAUCCACCGUAUAGACCUCAUCCUCAUAACCUUGUCGGUAAAGAGGGUUGCAAGAAGGGUGUGUGUACUAUUGAAGUACCCGUAGAUACCAUGACAGUGAGCUUCGCCAAUUUAGGAAUUCAGUGUGUUAAAAGAAAAGAAAUCCCUCUGGCACUCAAUGUGAGAGAAAAAAUUCAAGUGGAUCCAUUUCGCACUGGUUUCGAGCACAAACCUAGUAUUGAUCUCAAUGCCGUCAGGCUGUGCUUCCAAGUAUUCCUGGAAGGACCUACUCCGGGGAAAUUCAAAAGACCUUUAAAACCUAUUGUAUCGGAUCCAAUUUACGAUAAGAAGGCAAAAUCAGAUUUGAGUAUAACGAAAUUGAGCCACUUCAGUGCCUCAGUAGCUGGAGGAACUGAAAUGAUACUCCUGUGUGAUAAGGUAGCGAAAGAAGAUAUUCAAGUGCGUUUUUUUGAGAAGAAAGGUGAUCAAGUGGUUUGGGAGGGGCUUGCUGAUUUUCAACCUGCGAAUGUUCAUAAACAGUUCGCAAUAGCAUUCAGAACUCCAGCAUACCGCAAUCACCAGGUAGACCAGCCCGUUGAGGUGUACAUCCAACUGAGAAGGCCCUCAGACGGGACUACGAGUGAACCGCUUCCCUUCCAGAUGCUCCCGAUAGGUGCAGGUAGGCCUAACUUCUGGUCACUUCGUAGAGCCUUAACGCGAAAAAAAGCAGACCCCACGACAUUCAGCAAAAUCCUCGCCACCGAGGCGUCAUUAUAUCCUACUCACAAAAUAUCCCGUAGUAUUGACGAGUUCAACAACAACGAACUCGAUCUGACAUGUCCGAGUGGGAAAUUGUCAGCCUUACGUGCCCUAAAUGAUCUUUAUAAUGUUCAAAAUACUUUAGGAGUGCAAAAUGGUGGAUCGCUGAGGCUGAGCCAGUCUCAAGAAAACAUUACCCCAAAACGACCCCUUAUUGAUGAUGAAAAUAACGAAAUAACAAUAAUCUCAGAAUCAAAAGUGCAAAAUUCACUAAAUAAAGCAGCAAGUAUAAAGGACGACAUUAGUCCUAAAAAAAUUCAUUAUGAGCCAGAAAAAAUGAGCGCAAAUUAUUAUUCUGAGUCCCCAAAAGAAAAACAUUGGCUUAAUUACUCUGAAGUUGGAAAAUGGGUACAAAAAAAUCAACAGUCCGAAAAUGUAGAAAAACUUGACUAUUCUGACUCAAAAAACGACGAAAACGACCCAAAACUCAAUGAACUACUGAAUCAGGUGGCGGAGCUUGAUCAAAUCUACGCAGAUACUCACGAAAAAAUAUUACAAGCGACAUUCAACAGGGAUUUAAGGGAUCACCAGAUGGAAAUCGAUGUUUGUGACAAUCAAACGUACACUAGUCUACAAAUGGCCAUGAAAAAUCCAGUGGACAUUUAUGACAUGAAAGAUGAUAGAAAGUAUGAGGAUGUGGCGGUGCCGAGCAUAGAGGCAAACGUUCCACCACCACGGCCCCCACCAUUGGCUGCCAAAAGAGAUGUCGCGAAGGCAUACGAAGAGAAAUUGCCCCCAUUGCCGCCGAAGAGAAUCCGAAAAAUGCCAUCGAUGCCGGUUUUACCCCGAACAGCGUCUUGUGGAGCUGUGAGUGGAACUGGCUCAGAGGCACCUCACAAAAAAUUACCCUUACUUCCGAGCACUCUUCGACCCAAGCAGGGAAUAUUCUCUAAAUUAUUCGCCAAGAAAAAUAAAAAGGAAAAAGAUAAUCAGUCGUUUAGACACAGCAUUGGUGCUUUCAAAGACAGCUUGGAAGAGUUUCAGAGUCAGAACCAAUUGGCUAGACCGAGUGUAACCAGUAUCACUGGUGUUAAAUCGUUUGAUAUUGAUGGCGAUGAAUCUCCACCCUAUGGAAUUGAGCUCACUGAGGCUGAACAUUAUGCUCUUUAUACUGCAAUGGCACCACAUGCCACUGCUUCCGAAUUUGAUGAAAUGUCAUUUUACUAUAGCCCAGUGGAGGGUGGAAAAAUCCUCACCGAAGCCAAGGAAACAUAAUGUUUCCUAUAUUUACGCUCAGAAAUAUUUUCUGUCUUUUUGGCAGCAUCGAGUGUGCUCAAAUGAUUUUUUUAUUGUAAAAUGUCGCUCCUGAGUUUCAGGAAGAAAUCCUACGUAUUUGCUGAAUUAUUGAAAACUUGCAUUUUUUUCGUAGACAGUAGUUUUGUAUUAUUUUUCAUCUUUUCUAGUCAAAGUGUCAAAGAUUGUUAAGUUUUUAUUCUUUGAGUGUAGAAUGAGAGGUAUGAGGAAAUGAGGGCAAUGGGGGAUAUCCGAAAAAUUUGCUCAUUUUUUUGCCAGUGUUUAAAAAAUUUUAAUGCCACUAAGGUGAUUUAAAUGCCAUGUCAAUUUCUCAUUUCCCCAUUUCUCCCCAUGUCUCGAUUGUGUUAUAAAUUUUUUUGACAGAGUAUAUUUAAGACAUUACUAAGAACUGCGAUAUUUGAUACUCUGGUGUUGACGUACAAAGACACGAGGCCUUGUUGGAUUUUCCUUUAAUCUUAAAAAUGAAAAAAAAGAAGUCU